AUGAAAUCUAUAUUUAUUAACGUAUUUAAUGUCGAUUUUCAUCGGUAUAUAAGUUUACUUAUUAUCAUUGUUUUUAUUCGACAAACUUCAGCAGGUGUAUUACCAUCACAAGAUUCUGUUUCAUUAUAUACAGCAAAUGAUAAAGUUGUUAUUUUAACAAAUCAAAAUUUUUCAUCAACUGUUUAUCAAUCUAAAACAGCAUGGCUUAUUGAAUUUUAUGCAAGUUGGUGUGGUCAUUGUCAAUCUUAUGCGAAUACGUAUCGUGAAGUUGCUAUUGAUACAUGGGGAUGGAAAAGAAUUGUUCGAAUUGGAGCAAUAAAUUGCUAUGCGGAAGAAAAUAGUGCUAUAUGUGAUCAACAUACGAUUGUGGCAUUUCCAACACUUCGAUUAAUAGCACCUGAAACAACUUUCAAUACAUCAAAAGCUAUAAGUCUAACAGCAAAUGAUGCAAAAGAUGUAGAAAGAGAAUUAAUCAAAGAACUUGAUGCAUUACAAAUAGCAGAUAAAACUUGGCCUCGUUUUAGACCUCUAAAUCAAAUUGCAUUCAGCGAUAUUUAUUCACAUGCACCGACAUCUGUAAAACUUAUGUUACUUAUAGUAGAAAAACAAGAUGAUUAUACUGGUCGACAAAUUAUGCUUGAUUUUUCAAAAUAUCAUGAACAAUUGACAAUUUUUCGUACAACAAUAGAUGGUAAAUUAUGGCAUCGUUUUCAAUUAAAUAUUACAGAAUUACCUGCUCUAUUAAUUGUUCAUCCAAAUCGAACUACAGAACGAAUUAAUACAAAACAGAAUAACAAUGAAAAAAUGGGUAGUCGAAAUUUAUUUAAUUAUGCAAUUCGAUCAUAUAUUCAUGAAAAAAAAUGUAUUGAUGAUUUCAAUGAUCGUGAUCUAGAAGAAAUAAUUCAUAGUAAAAAUGCACUUAAAAAUGCAGACAAAUUGAAAAUAUCAGAUACUGACGAGAAAAAACCAGAUGAUGUAGUAGAGACAAGAACUAUUUCUGAAAAACUAUCUAUGGUCGAUCUUGAAACAGCUUUAUCAUAUAUGUUACGACGAGAAAUACCUCGAAUUAAAGAAAUUCAAGGUGAAGCUUAUGAUGCAUUAUUACAUUGGUUGACUGUACUUAUAAAGUAUUUUCCUGGUCGUCAACCAGUUAUGAUGUAUCUUAAAAACUUAUUAUCAAAAGUUGACAAUCAACCAAAUGGUAUCACUGGAAAAAAGUUUCGAGAAUUCGCUGAUAUAAAUACACCAGAAAGUUAUUUACCAAAUAAUCAAGUUCGUUAUCAAUAUUGUACAGGUUCUUUACCACGAUAUCGUGGUUAUCCAUGUGGACUUUGGCUUCUUUUUCAUACAUUAACUGUUUCACAAGUUCAAUCAGAACCUAAACGAAUGCGUAUUAUUGAAAUUCCAUCAGCUGUAAAAAGUUUUAUCAAACACUUUUUUGGUUGUCGGCAUUGUAGUGAUAAUUUUAUGAAAGAAACAAGUGAUUUUCAUCAACUUGAUUCUGGUGAUAAAAAUUCAGCAAUAAUUUAUCUUUGGAAAAUUCAUAAUCAUGUUAAUAAACGUUUACAUAGUGAUGAAACUGAAGAUCCAAAACAUCCCAAAGUUCAAUUUCCAUCAGAAAAUCUUUGCUCAAAAUGUCAAUCAGAUAAUAAUAAUUUUGAUAUGACAACAACACUCAAUUUUCUUUUAAAAUUUUACUCAAAAAAUAAUAUUGACCUGACAUCAGUAGAGGAUUUUACGCCAUCUGGUAAUACACAAGAUGAAUUAACACGUAAACCUUCUAUUGAUCAAUAUGAAAUGAUUGAAAUUAAUAAUGAUUCAACCAAAAAAUUUCGAAAUAUUCGAUAUAUCAUAUCAAUUAUUCAACGUUUUCCAUUCUAUUUUCUAAUAUUUUCAGUGAUUAUUAUUAUUAUUAUUCGUAAACGAUAUUGUAAGGGAAAAAGAAAACGAUAUACACUAUAG